AUGCCCCUGCAGACCGUGCCAGAAGAAACGGUCAUGGACCCGAAUCCUACAGAAGAAGCCGGCACGGAAACCUCCCAAGCACAUUUUGCCCCAUGCCCCACCGAAAGAGAAAUGAACGGCUUGCCUAUCGACUCCAUGGUCACCGGCCGGAUGGGUCUGCCGUUGAUGUGGAUCUUGGAUACAGUGAUUGACGCCACCGAACACAGCACUUCGGAAUACAGCAGAAAGAAGCGUGAAACCCGAACCAUCAUUAACCACGCCAGACGCGUGAGUACUCGCAUCGGAGUGGAUGAGCCUAUUCGGAUUGUUGCGCUGUGCACGAUUGUCUUAGACCAAGCGAGAGAACUGCGAUCCUGCCUUGAGCCUGGACAAGCCGCUAUCGAACUCGCAGCUGAGCAUAUCAGAGCCUUUGAAAGAACGCGACGACAAUCCGACACUGCAAGCUCCGCCAACAACAACGGAGUACCUGCAAUUCUCGUCCAGUGGGCCGACAUGAAUUCAUCCCGGCUGGUUGCGGGUCUCGCGAGCUUUGAAAGACAAAACAGAGAUUUCUGCAGAUUCGGCGACAACGUGGACCGUCUCAUGGAAUAUGCGCUUUUGACUCUUGGAAUCGAUGCUGAACAAGCCGAGGAGAGUGCAGAUACUGGUGGUGCUUGA